UUGAGCUUUUAGGUCGGCAUGGCCAACUUAGGAGCUCUCUUCAUUGUUCUUGCUAUCUGUCUGAUCGCAAUAAAUCUAAGUCUUGUGGGUGCUACAUUUCCCAAGAGUGUAUUCUCCGACUGGGGCUCUCAGCAAAUGGUGAUUACGGGUAAUGGUGACGAUCUUCAGCUUACGUUGAACAAGUUGUCAGGGUCCGGGUUUCAAACUAAACGACAGUUCCUCUUCGGCAGCAUAGAAAUGCUAAUCAAAUUAGUACCUGGGAAUUCUGCUGGCACUGUCACUGCCUACUAUUUGUCUUCCACUGGUCCAAGGCAUGACGAGAUAGACUUUGAGUUCUUGGGGAAUCUAUCAGGACAACCUUACACUGUCCAUACAAAUGUCUUCACUCAAGGUGUUGGAAACAAAGAGCAACAAUUUCAUCUCUGGUUUGACCCAACUGCUGAUUUCCACAACUACACCAUACAUUGGAACCCAAAUCAGAUAGUGUGGUUUAUUGAUGGGCUCCCAAUAAGAGUCUUCAGGAACUAUGAGAGUAAAGGAAUUGCUUUCCCAAAUCAGCAACGGAUGAGGUCUUAUUCCAGCAUAUGGGAUGCUGAUAACUGGGCAACACAGGGUGGACGUGUGAAGAUUGACUGGAACAGUGCACCCUUCAUAGCUAGAUUUCGAAGGUUUAGGGCAAGGGCUUGCAAGUGGAAUGGACCAGUCAGUAUCAGCCAAUGUGCUUCUAAUUCUCUUGCCAAUUGGUGGACAUCACCUGUUUACAGUAAGCUAAGUUACAGUCAAAUUGGUCAGUUGAUGUGGAUCAGAAACAACUACAUGAUUUAUAACUACUGCACUGAUAAAAUGAGAUUCAAUGGGAAUUUGCCCCUCGAAUGUUAUUUGCAGCAGUAUUAGUAGAGAAAUAUAGUUUGGGGCAAUCCGUUUUU